CGAAUUUUAACUUCGUAAAAAUAACUUCUCUCGGACCGCGGAUCUUGGUUUCAACUUUUGCAAACAAUUUUUAAAAACAAUCUGAGGGGGCGGAUCGGAUAUAGCAGAGUGAACUUUAACAAUGUAGAGCAAUGGAAGUUGCCCAUUAUAUUGGUGUGGAUGUGGGCACCAGCAGCGUGAGGGCAGCAGUAGUUAAACAGGAUGGCAAAAUUAUCGCUAAGGCUUCUGAGACCAUCCGGAUCUGGAAUCCAGACACAAACUUUUAUCUUCAGUCAUCAGAUGACAUCUGGAAUGCAGUGACUCAAGUUGUUAAGACAGUGGUGGAUCAAUCAGGGGUGGAUAAAGACUUUAUCCAUGGUAUCGGAUUUGAUGCGACUUGUUCUCUGGUCAUUCUUGAUGAUGAAGGAAAACCAGUUUCAGUUUGUCCAAAUGAUGCCAAAGGGUCAGAAAGGAUGCAUACAUUUAAUGAGCAGGAGUGUGACAUCAUUAUGUGGAUGGACCAUCGUGCCGAGGAGGAAGCGAAGUUUAUAAACUCAACCAAGCAUGACGCUCUGAAAUGUGUAGGUGGACAGAUGUCUUUGGAAAUGCAGCCUCCCAAACUCUUGUGGCUGAAGAGGAAUUUACCAGACAGUUGGACAAAGGCUUGCCAUUUCUUUGAUCUUCCAGACUUUCUCACCUGGAAAGCCACACAAAGCACAUCAAGGUCCCUUUGUUCUUUGGUAUGUAAGUGGUCCUAUCAUGCAGAUAACCAGGGCAAUCAAGAAUGGAACCAGAAUUUCUACAAGACCAUUGGGCUGGAGGAUUUAUUGGAGAAUGAUGCAGCAAAAAUUGGUACGAGCGUCCAGUCUCCAGGGACCCCUUGUGGAAACGGCUUGUGUGACUCGGCGGCCUGGGCGAUGGGGCUGAAAACGGGAACUCCUGUUGGAACAUCCAUUGUAGAUGCACAUUCCGGUGUCUUAGGAUGUGUGGGGUGUGUUCCUGAAGGUGGUCCCCAAGUCUUUCCGUUACCAGACAUCAUGUCCAGAAUGGUUCUCAUAUGUGGUACUUCAGUCUGUCACAUGAUUAUGAGCCAGAGUCCUCAUUUUGUGCCUGGUGUUUGGGGUCCAUAUUAUUCCGCCAUACUUCCUGGUCUCUACAAUGCUGAAGGAGGACAAAGUGCUGGGGGUAAACUGAUAGAUGAGUUAAUUGAGUCCCACCCUGCAUACAGUGAAGCUCAAAAGAAAGCAAACCAUCUACACAAGGGUAAGCCAGGCCACAUACACGAAUGUCUAAAUCAAUGGCUGAACACUUAUGCACAACAAGAGGAGCUGCCAUUUGUUAGUCACUUGGCUCGAGAUUAUCACAUAUACCCAGAUUUCUACGGAAAUCGAUCACCACUAGCAGACCCAACAAUGAAGGGAAUGAAAUGUGGAAUGACCUUGUCAGUGAAUUUGAGAGAUCUUGCAAUACAAUACCUAGCCACUGUUCAAGCGCUAGCAUAUGGGACCAGACAUAUCAUUGAUGAAAUGAAGAAGGCAGGUCAUGCAGUUGAAGUCAUUUACAUGUGUGGUGGACUCAGUAAAAAUCCACUUUAUGUGGAAACUCAUGCAGAUGUUUUAGGCCUUCCUGUGAUUUUGCCCUGUGAGGAGGAAUCGGUGUUAGUGGGAUCAGCAGUUCUCGGAGCAUGUGCCUCCAAAGACUUUGGUUCGAUCCAGGAUGCUAUGCUGAGUAUGUGUGGAGAAGGAAAAAUAAUCAGCCCAUCAAAGUCACAAGCUGGGUUCCAUGAUAAGAAGUACAGGGUGUUUAGGAAAAUGGUGGAAGACCAGUACCAGUACCAAGAAAUCAUGAGGAUUGAUUGACAGUUAAACAUUAUUUAGUACGAGAAACAUGAAUAUGAACUAUAAACAUGAAUAUGAAGAUGAAUACGGACUAUGAAUAUGUACUAUGAAUUUGAACCUUAAACAUGAAUAUGAACUAUAAUUAUGAAUAUGAAUAUGGACUAUGAAUAUGUACUUAAGUAUGAAUAUGGACUGCAAACAUGAAUAUGAACUAUAAACAUGAAUGCAUACUAUAAACAUGAAUACGGAC